AUGGGUGAUGCAGAAUCUUUGCAUUCCGCUGAUGAGCUGAAACGCCAGAAGAAAAUCAAAAUGGCCAUCUAUAUUAGUAUUUUCGUUGUGUUUCAGAUCAUAGUUAUCACCACAAUGAGUCUUACUGUCAUGAAAGUCAAGACCCCUAGGUUCAGGCUAGGCAACAUCAACGUCCAGAGCUUCGAAUCUGUCCCGGCAACGCCUUCAUUCGACACGAAAUUCACAACCCAAAUCAAAAUCAAGAACUCAGCCAACUGGGGUUCCUACAAGUUCAAUGCUGCCAAUGUCACAUUUCAAUACCAAGGAACGACUGUGGGAGUAAUUAAUAUCGCAAAGGGCAAGGCUGGAUGGCUUUCGACCAUAAAAAGAAAUGUGGAGGUGACUUUGAGUUCAAGUGGAUUAACUGGUUCAAAUCUGGGCAGCGAAUUGAGCAGCGGGGUGUUGACUCUCAACAGCGUAGGCAGAUUGAAUGGAAAAGUAGCAAUUAUGUUCAUAAUGAAGAAGAAGAAGGCUACCAACAUGAACUGCACCAUAGCUUUUGAUGUGUCUGCCAAGACCCUGAAAUCUUUACAAUGCAAAUGA